CUUCCUGCCUCCUGAACAUUCAGGUGAUGGUCACGUCAUAGGCGGCACAUCCAACAGUGCACGCUUUGCCCGGGGCCCCUUUGGCAGCUAACGGAAACUUCUCUGAGCUACUGACUCUAUUUGAAGCACCCGACCUUGCAGAACUGCUCCUCAUGGGCAGUUACCUGAGCUGGCCCCGCCCUCGGCCGCUGGCCCCUUCUCUGCGGGGUGAGGACCCGCCAGAGACACUUGAGAGCCUGAGGCCCGCGCACCCGGUCGGUCGGGUUAUCCCAACCUGCCGUGUUCACUCAGCGGCCCCGACUCUGGACGUAACUCGCAGGCUGUCAUGCGAGAAUCUUGUGGUUUCAUCCCGUCGUCGUCGGUACCGUCUGCGGUUUGCCAUAGUCCAUCGGCGGCAAUAUCCAAUCCAUCAGGCCCGGUUUUUAUUUCUGGGGGUCUUUUCCUCAGUACCCCACACCCGCUGUCCGAAGCCGGUGGUGUCUCCUUGCAGGCCCAAGAUGUUCUGCACUUCAGUGAUCCUGAAGAUGGCAUCUGCUAAGGGCAAACUGACGCUCUGUUUGGCUCUGAAGGAGACAGUCCUCUGUAUGUGGUCUUCGCUGUCUGGUCACUUCCCAAAUCCUUGUGAAAGGGAGAUCUGGAUGAGGGCCCUCAAAGAGAAUGGUCAAGCAAAAGCCAAAGAAGAGAAGGACCUGACCUCCCUGAUUGAGAAGGAGAAAGAGCUGGCAAAACCAGAGAAACGGCACCCAGUCCCCAAGGGGCAGGAUGACCUGAGACAGGUUCCCGAGUGCAGUGGGAGACUGCAGUCAGCAUUUAGGCGCCUGAUGGUCAACGGAGUCCUCUCUUCCUUUGUGCCCAGGCCUGGGCCUCUGAAGAGAGACUUCCGUUCUAUGAGCUUAGCAGACAGCCUGAUUAAGAAAUCCCACAUGUGCUUUUUGAGCUCAUGCAGCAAACGCAAUGCCAUCACCAGUUCUUACAGCUCCACUCGAGGGUUCCCACCAAUGCCGAGGAGCUUCCCAGGCACAGCCGGGAUCCAGGCCCCAGCCUCAUAUGAGCCCCAAGUGCUCGCCAAGAAGGCCAGUGAGGAGAGCUAUCAUUCUAGCUCUUCAGCCUCAGUAGAACCACAAAGGAUGAUCAAGUAUGAAAAUGUUGCAGAUGCACCUUCUGGGCAGAAGCAAAGUUUGAGGGAUCGCUCACCUCCACCCGACAGUACCAGGCCCCAGAAGCGAAAGAUUCCUCUGCUGCUGUCCUCCAGGCGACAUGAGCCAGUGAUACUGCCCCCACUGCCCCAGCUGGGUUAUCAAGUCACUGCUGAAGACCUUGACUUAGAGAAGAGAGCUGCGAUCCAGUGGAUCAACAAGGCCUUGGAAAGAUGAUGGAGCUAAUAUCCAGAGUAAACUUGAGGACAGUGGCAUCAUGACUCAUCUGCAUAUGAGUUGACCCUCAAAUCUGAGCUUGUAGCGCAAUAUUACAUUCCAUGUAGGGUCAUUUUGAUACUUAAAUAAGAUAAUCAUCUAGAGUGCUAACUGUCA